CAUCAAUUGAUAUAUCAAUUGAUGUGAGCUUGACUGGCACGCGACCUCCGUAGAACAAGCAGCGACCCGGUAAAAAAGGUAAAAAGGGAAAAAAGACAUUCACCAACCUCAUAAUUACCUUGUGUACAGCAAGUAGUGAGGGGAAACCCCGCACCCCGCUCCAUGUCCUCAUCAACGCCGCAGCCUUAUAUAACGAUGACCUCCCGUAGAAUCAACAUUGAAUUGAUAUACAUUUAGAAUUCCCAGUGUCAAUAUCAUACCUCCCGCUUCCAAUCCACGCCACUUGACGAACCAUGUCUAACCUAGCAACUCUCGAUGUCUCGCAGCACCCAUACCUCCCUCAGUCGUCGCAGACAUUGUUUGCUGCCAAAGCACAGAAGAAGCUGAGCUUCGAGGACAUCUCAAAGCAUAUUGGCCGCAACGAGGUGGCCACUGCAGCCAUCUUUUACGGCCAGGCCAAAGCAUCGCCAGAGGACAUCGCCAACCUGUCCAAGGCACUCGACAUCUCGCAUGAGCUCCUUGAGCAGCAGCUGAGCGGCUUUCCUGACCGCGGCCGCUCUGUGGAGAUGCCUCCGAAGGAGCCACUUGUCUACCGACUGUACGAGAUUGUGCAAAACUACGGGUAUGCGUACAAGGCGGUGCUGAAUGAGAAGUUCGGUGACGGGAUUAUGAGCGCCAUCUCGUUUUCGACGAACGUAGAGAAGGAGACCGAUGCGGAUGGAAACAAUUGGGCGGUCAUCACUCUGCGGGGCAAAUGGCUGCCUUUCUCCCGAUUCUAGCAAGGUAGCCAGUCAGUCUCCAUUGUCGGCUCAUUUUUGGGGAGGGGGGAGGUUGAGAUGAAAAUGAAGGAUGAAUGAUGAAUGAGGCAAAUCCGACAUGAUAUUAUCUUUAGUAGUGAUUAGUUAUUACUUAUUACUUGUUGUUUAGUGAGGUUGAAAUGACAAACGCAUC